AUGAAAGCCACAACUUGCGCCGCCUUGGUGCUUUCUGCCCUUUCUGCCCUUUCUACUGCAUUUGCAGAAGAUCCAACUUCCUACCUAAGAAGCUCGUCAACACAACGAGAUCUGCAGGUUGAGCUCCCAAACCACUUCUGCUGGGUACCCUUCUUUGGCUGUGAAAGAGACAACUGUGAAACAGUGACUCCACUAGCCGCAGGCGAGUUCAAUCUUACCAAGUACACAGAGAAGUCUUGGUUCAUUCAAAAGCAACAAGUGAAUCCCUACCAAUCAGAAGAUCAACUGAAUUGUGUAGUUGCCACCUACAAUGAGAGGGACGACGGCUUCAUUCAAGUUCAAAACUCUGGUACAAUAGGUGGUGUGGACGGCCCUCGUCAAAAUUCAGAUUCAGAUUCCUUCUUCUCUGACCUAUGUGCCCAACAAGUUGAUGGUGGUUCGUUGCAAGUUGCCCCUUGCUUGUUCCAAGUUGCGUUUUCAGCGGUUGCCGGUCCUUACUGGGUCUUGGCCCUCGGGGAGGAUGGAGAUGAAUACACUUGGGCCAUCGUCAGUGGAGGCCAACCAACUGAAGUCAAGGAGACAGUAGAUGGCCGCACCUUUUGCACCACCAAGCAAGGUAACUCAUUCUUGGACACCAACGGCUCUGGGCUGUGGUUGUUUACCAAAGAGCAAGUUGCCGACGACCAAACCAUUGCAGCCAUGGAAGACAAGCUUACCGAAAUGGGCAUCUUUACAGGUGAUUUGUUGCCAGUGGAACAGGAAAGCUGCACUUAUCCAGAUUCAACCAAGUAUUGA